AUGCCUAGCCUCAAAGCUCGACUACAUCCAAGGUAUGGGCGUGAAGGCCAUAUAUCUCUCAGGCACAAUAUUCUUGAACAUGAUAUGGCAAGCCGACAGUUAUUCUCCGUAUUGGAUCCUCAUUGGGGUACUAUUGAUGAUUGGGUAAACUUCGUCGACACAGUACCCGCACGCAGCAUGUAUAUCAUGUUGGAUUUCACAGUCGGCAUAUUGUCCGACCUUAUCGGUUUUGAAGGUUUACUCAAAGUCAUCAAUAUCCGUAACACCUCUGGUCAACUUCCCGUCCUUUGGCAAGACAAUGGAACAAUUCAUCUCGUAAAAGGCUAUGAUGAUUGUCACGAGUCCAACUUGGAUCAAUAUGGUGAUAUGGAAGCCUUUGGGGUGCACCCUAACUGGCAACGUGAACUUUCCAAAUUUGCAUCCGUACAGGACCGGCUCCGCGAAUGGAAACCUUUUGUUAUGGACAAACUCACUACCUUUCCCUCCAUGACUAUCAUAGCCCUUGAUAUCGAUGACAUUCGUGUCGAAAAGUCCACACAGCUCACCGUCGACGGCAUGACUGCUUGGCAUCUGCAACUCAUGCUGGUGCCACUAAGCUUAGAAACUUGGCCGGAAACUUGGCCGUCGCGUACGAUCUCAACACCAACUUUAUCACUGCUUGGAAUCAAAUGCUCGUGAACAAUGACUUCUUGAAUACAAACACCGGCCUCACCGAUCCGAAGCAUUUAUUCAGAACAAGCAAUUUCGAUGUUUUCCGC